AUGCCGUCAGACCUAGAGGCCCUCACUGAGAUGGGCUUUGACAAGACCCGGGCUGAAAUUGCAAUCAAAAAGAGCGGUGGCCUUCAGGGAGCUCUACAAUGGCUAGAGGAUAACCAGGACAAGUCUCUGGACGAAAUCCAAACCGAGGAGGCCAGUAAAGGGGGCGAGGAGGAUGAGGAGGAUGCCGAAACCAAGGCCAAGAUUGCCGAGCUAGAGACGGGCCAAGCUCGCUCGCUCGUUUGCAAUGAGUGCGGCAAGAAGUUCCGAAAUCACGAUUUAGCGACAUUCCACGCUACCAAGACAGACCAUACCGACUUUUCAGAGUCCACCGAGGAAAUCGCCCCCUUGACAGAGGACGAGAAGAAGGCUAAGCUCGAGGAGCUUCGCGAACGCCUCAAAUCUAAACGGGCAGUUCAAUCCGUUCAGGAUAAAGAAGACGCCAAGCGCAAUGAGAAAAUUCGACAAAAGUCUACCAAAGAAAGCCAGGAUCUUAAAGAGGAGAUAGCGCGCAAGGAACAGAUCAAAGAGGCAGCCCGCAAGCGCCAAGAAAAGCAAGACGACAUGGAAGCCAAGAAGCGCAUCAAGGCCAAGAUUGAAGCCGACAAGGCUGAGAGACGCCGCAAAGCUGAAGAGGCCAAGGCCGCAAGAGAGGGAAGAGCUCCCGAGGCUCCUGCCAGUGCUCCCGCACCUGCGGCCGCAGCGCCGCCAAAGCCAAAGGCCGACCACAACACGGCCAGGCUGAGAUUGCAAACGCCCAGUGGGAAUCUGAUGAAGACCCUGCCGGCCGAGACGACGCUGUUCGAGUUGGCUCAGUUGGUGCAGGGGGAGACGGGACUGGCCGUCACGAGCUUCUCUACCACAUUUCCCAAGCAGACGUUCACAGGAGAUUUGGACAUGUCCAAGACAUUGAAGGAGGCUGGGCUUGUGCCAUCCUCGGUGCUGAUUGUGCAAUAA